CUUAGGAAUACUACGUUGCAAAAUGCCUUGGACAGGAUGGUAACGCUUCGGUCAUGUCGCCUUCGCAUUGCUCAGUAUACCCUUUCUGCAUGGUCGCUCAUAGAGAGCAACUACAAGCUUACUAUAUAAUGAACGCGGUCAUAUUUCUUACAGCUUAAAAAAAUUGGUUGUUAUGUGCAUUUUUAGUUUAUAAAUGUCGUCGAAUGCACUGCCACCCCUAGCGGGUGUUGGCCCAAGUGGCUCUAAAGACGAUCGUGAUGACCAGCGGACUCCAAAAGUCAAGCCGCUUCCGCUCAUGCUUUCCACAAGGGCGCCUCUUGUCGGCACCACAGGCGCAUCCCGCAGUCGCUCCGUCCCCAGCCCCACGCACCCCUCCUCUCCGUACCUCGCACACCUUCACCCCAACCAUGGCUCCCCCGGCGACGCGCCCACCUCCCCCGCCAGCCCCGGCCAGCAGUCCGGGGGCGCCUCAUUCCGCAGCAACAGCAGCAAGUUUACACGCCUAAGGGGCAUCCAGGGCGGCGGUGGCAGCAGCGGUGCAGGAGGGAUGGGGUCCGCAGCAACAUCCGGAGGCGGGGGGCAGCAGCAACAGCAACAAGGGCCGCAGCUAGCGCUAGAGGGAAACAGCAUGCUACAGCCGCAGUCGCAUGGAGCAGACGGCAGCGAAGGGCAGGCCGCAUCACCGCAGCAUCAGCUUUAUCACCCAGCCCCGCUGGUAGGCGUUGUCGCGGUCCCGGUGGGGGCAGUUAGUAACGGUGGCAGCAGCAAUAGCAACAACAUGGCGUCGGUGGGAGGGUCGAGGUCACCAGGCAGCGCCGCAGGGGGCAGCGGCAGUAGCGGCGGGGCGGCGGUGGUGAUGGGGGGCCCGGCGCAGAUCAACUUGGCGCUGCCCUCACCGGAGGGUUCGCUGGCGGGGGUUAGUGCGGCGUAUGGGCAGGCCGGCAGCGGCGCAGGUGGGGCCGCAUGGGCCAGCCGGCGGGGCAACACCUCCGGGCCUCCUCGGACUUCCGCUUCCACAGCGACUGCUGCUGGUGCUGGCGGCGGCGGCGUCUCCCUGCAACGGCCUGUGCUGGAGGGGGUGGGGACGGCGGGCGGCGGGAACCCCCUGGGUUACAGGCCCUCGCACUCCGCAGCCUCGCCACGCCACCUCACCACCUCCAUCCUGCCCGCCGGUGGCGGCUCUCCCCACCCGCGGCCCGACACAGCCCCGCUGCUAGCCGCCCAGCAUGCCGCCUCCUCCUCCUCCUCGCCUCCCCUGCCCACCCUCGACCUCCUAGCCGCUACCUUCCCUUCGGGCCGCACAAACGCCCUCGUGCCGGGGUCCGUGCCGCCCGCCGCCAUGAACCCGCCCAUGUACGGGGCCCCAUCUGCCGUACAGGCGGCAUCAUCGGCGGCGCCGACGCUACUCGUGGGGGCACUGCCGGAGGGCUCCUACCCUGGCGGGAGCCACGCCGCUACGAUUACGAACAAUGCCAUCGCAGCGGCUGCGGCUGCAGCAUCGGCGGCGCCGACUCCUGACGCCUCGAUGGCUUCCAUGCAGCCCUCGAGCCAUGGGCCGUACGGCAGCGUCGGCGCUGACGCGGCGGGGAGUGUCGUACCGGCGGCGGCAGCGGAGGAAUCCUCCGUUCCUUCCAGAGGGGAGGAGUCCUCGACCAUGCUGCUCAUGCCGCCACCUUCGUCCAUUCCAUUACCCACAUUGCCACAGCAGCAGCAGCCCCCAACCCAGUCGCACUCCAUGUUUGGCGUCCAGACGCACCCCUUCUCCCACCCCAUGAGCCCAUCACACGGCCUGCACACCCAGCCGCCCACCUCCUACUACGCCCAGCAGCAGUUGCUGCUGCAGCCGCAGCCCUCCACCACCGCGCAACUCCUGCAGAAGCUCUACCGAACCAACCUCACCCCGCCGACGGGCAUCUCCCGAAGCCGCCCCGAAACCGCCCUGAAUACCUCUGCCGCCGCCGGCGGAGGAGGCUCCGCCCCAGCCUCCACGCCCGACCUUGCGCCCUCCAGUCCCGCCAUCACCGCCUCCUACGGCCGUCACAGCCCCUACACCACCACCACCACCGCCGCCGCCGCCGCUCCUACCAGCAACCCCACCACCUUCUACCCGUCCGCAAUCAUCCCCACCUCCAUCCCCACCCCCUCCUUCACCUCCGCCGCCCACUCCCGCACCCCCUCCGGCGCCGCCCCCGCUCCCUCCUCCCUCUCCAUGCCCCAUGCCCCCUCCGCGCCCCCCCAGGCCCCACCCUCCCUGUCCUCCCCUGCCAUCACCGCCUCUCCCACCCUGGCGCCCGCCUCCCCCGCUCGCUCCAACAGCAGCGGCGGGCCCCUCUCCGGCUUCGCCUCCCUCGUCCUCACCUCGCAGCGCACUGGGGGCACCGGCGGAACCGGCAACGCAGCCAACGCGGCGAGCAGCCUGGCGCGGAAACGCACGCGCGCGGGUACGACAGGCACGCUUGCGGACCUGUCGGCUGCCAUUCAGAAGAGCGUUGCUAGCGGCAUGGGCGAGUGGGACCUGCGGGCGGAUGGGCUGUGGGGGAAUCCGGAGAUCCAGGAGCGGUUGCUGCGGGGGCCGCUGGGGCCGGAGACGCUGAAGAACCGCUACCACAUGAAGGAACGCGACAUCCUCUCGCUCUACCGCCUGCUCUACUCCUACAGCGUGGGCUUCUUCACGGACGUGGAGUCGCUGCUGGACACCGCCAUCAACGAGCGCACCAGCCCGGGGGGCGGCGGCAGGGCAGGCGGGGCAGCAACGGGCGGAGGCGGGGGGGUGCUGGGCGGGCUGGGCGGCGGCGGGCUGCUGGGGCUGCGGCAGGAGCUGCUGGAGAACGUGUUUCGGUCGUAUGCGGCGCUGUGGGAUGAGGCGCUGAUGAUUGUGUUCGACAGUGAGAUUGCAGCGGUGCUGGCUGACAAGACGGCGGCGCUGCAGGCCCUGGACGCAGGGGUGGUGGAGCUGGAGGCGCUGAGGAGGGAGAACGAGCAGCUGCAGUCCCGACUUGCGGACUUUGUGAAGCAGAACAUCGACAACAUGCUGUCCAGCCGCCACAUGAAGCAGGCGGCAACCCGGCUGGAAGGCGAGCUGCACUCGCUGCAGAGCGCCAACGAGCAGCUGGUGACCCACAUGGCGGGGCACGCAGUGCAGGUGACCACCCUAGAGCGUCAGCUGGAUGCCGCCCGCGCCGCCACGGCUGCUGCGGAGGAGCGCGCGGCCGCCGCGGAGGCGCACCUGGCGCAGAUCAAGACGGUGGUCAGCGAGCAGAACGCCACCCUGUCGGCGCAGUACUUCCAGAUCAAGGAGCUAGAGCGCCACGUGGGCGAGCUGCAGGAGAACAUCCGUAACCUCAACCGCCGCCGGGCUGCCGUACUGGGCCUCCUGUCCGGCGGGGCAACCGACCAGUCAACCGACGCCGCAGGCCUCAGCGCCGGCGGCGGCACGACGACAACCUCAGCGCACGGCGGCGUGGCUAGCUCGGGCCCCUCGGCGUCACGUGACGGCGCACCGCUGGCGGCACCCUCCGGCCAUGGCGCCCAUGGCGGCGGCGGCGCCGGAAGCGGCAGCGGCCCCUCUGGCAGCGGUCCCUCCGGCGUGCUUGCUGACGUGUCGCUGCUGAGUGCUGAGGAGCUGGAGCGGCUGCUGUCUGACAAGACGCGCGCCUUCAACCUGUUGCAUGCGGACUUCCUGGUCAAGAUGCAUGAGCUGGAGGAGCAACGCUCUGUCAACACUGCUCUCCGCGAGGAGAUCAAGGUCAUGCAGGCGUCGGUGCAGCGCGCGGAGACGGAGGCGGCGGACAGCGCGGCGGCGGCGGAGCGCUCGCGGGCGCGCUGGGAGAGCGGGCGCAUGUAUGUGGAGGACCUGGAGGCGGCGAACAAGAGGCUCUCCGCCAAAAACGCCGAGCUCGUCCGCAGCUACUGGCCCCUCAUGACCCGGCUGCGGGAGGCGGAGGCGGAGAUGAUGCGCGCGCGGGAGGCCUCGGAACGCGACCGCGAGCAGGCGGAGCACGACCGGGCGGAGGCGGACGCGCUGCGAGCUGAGGCGGAACAGACCCGUGGGGCGCUGCAGGAGCUUCAGGAGCUGAGGGAGGAGGCAGCCAGCCAUGAGCUGCAGCUGCCUCCCGACCUCCUCGCCGCCCUGCCCGACAACCACGCCGCCUCGCUGCGACGCUUCGGCCGCUCCUGCCACCGCCGCGUGGCGCACCUCAACGCGCAGGUGGUGGCUCUGGUGGACCAAGUAACCUCCUCCCGCCUGCGCAUACAGCAGCUGCUGCGACAGCUGGGGCUCACGGACGAGCCGCAGCUGCUGCCGACGCCAACGCCACCGCACCAGCCGCCGCAGGAGUUUUCGCUGGUGCCGCAUGCGGCGCCAUCGCUGCUGGCGGGGGCGGCGGCUGGCGCCGCCGAUGCAGCUGAGGUGGCAGAGCUGCGAGCAGCCCUGGCGGACCGAGACAAGUGGCUGACGGUGUUUGUUCGUGCCAUGUCGGCUUUGAUGGGGCAGAUGGAGAACCUCAUGGCGCGCGACUAUGAGACCUGCCAUGUGCUGCGGUUGGAGCAGAAGAAGCGGAAGCAGAAGGCUGCUCGAGCGGCGCGGCGAGCGUCGGUGCGGAAGCUGGAGGCGGAGGCGUCGACGGCAUCAGCGGCUGCUGCUGCGGCGGCGGCGGCGGGGCAGCAGCAGGCGGUUGGAAGUUCUGCGGCGACGACGCCGUCUGGGGAACGCAGCCUGGCGUCACAGCCGUCGGCGUCGCAACCCUCGGCAUCGCAGCCAUCAGUUUCGCAACCCUCAGCGUCACAACCCUCGGCGUCGCAGCCGUCAGCGUCGCCGUCAGCAGCAUCCGCAAUAACGCUGGCACCGGCGGCGGUAGGCAGUGAGGGGCAGCAGCAGCAGCAGCCGGAGGGCAGCGUGGCUUCUAACCCAGCGACGGUCACGGAGGAACCCUCAACCGAGCCCUCAUCCCCGCGCAAGUCCCUCUCACAACCCUCGUUGUCGGGUGAAGCGACGGUGGGGCUGCCGUCGAUCCCGCCGGAGGCAUCGCUUUCGCCGCCGUCACCGUCAGGAGAAGCCACCGCCGCCGCCGUCGCCGCCGAGGGCUCGGCCACCGCCACCGCCGCCGCUCCCACCGAACCCAAUGCCGAGGAAGAUGAGGAUGACGGUUGGGACGACUCGGACCCCACCAUGACGGUCGCAUGCGGCCGGAUCGCUCAGAUGAUUGGCUCGGGUGACAGCGCGGAUUGGGUGCAACGCACGCCGCUGCUGGUGGCGUUGGAUGGCGGCUUCGAGCGGUUGGCGGACUCGGCGGAGCGCAUGGUGGAGUGGGCGGAGGGGCUGCUGAAGCGCAAGGAGCAGACCGCCAACUUCUCUCAGCUCAAGCAGCGGCUGGAGGCGGUGUCCCGCCAGCUGGACACCGCCAACAUCGAGCUCAACACGCUGCGGCCCACUGCGGAGGCGCUGAGGCAGACGGUGCGGGGCUACGAGGCCAAGGUCAAGGAGAUGACGGUGACGGUGACGAGCUGCAAGCAGCGCGCCGAGGCUGCCGAGUCGCGGCUGUCCUCCACGGAGGCGCAGCUGGCGGCGGUUUCGGAGCAGCUGAAGGAGUCGAAGGGGGCGCAGCGGCUGCUGGAGUCGGAGUACUGGAAGGCCAAGGAUGUGGCUCUGGAGGCGGAGAUGACGACGGGCGAGCUGAAGGCGGCUCGCAGCCGGGCGCUGGAGGCGGCGGCCAAGGCGCUCGCCUCCGUGUCAGGGCUGGAGAAGCAGUCUAGAGAGAGCCAGGAGCAGCGUGUGGCUCUGGAGGCGGACCUGGUGGGUUACAAGGCGUGGGUACGGCACAUGGAGGAGGUGGAGCGCCGCUACCGUACGGCACUGAGGGACCUGUCGGACGCCAACGCGGGCUGCGAGGAGCGGGACCGGGCGCUGGCGGAGCUGCGAGACAGGGUUACCGCCCUGGAGCAGCAGCUGCGUCUCAAGACCGUGGAGGCGGGCUCGCUGGACUGCCGCGUGCGGGCGCUGGGAAGGGAGCUGGCGGAGGAGCGCAAGGCGGCGUCAGCGGCGGCGGCGGCGGCCCGGGCCUCCGCGGCAGCGCAGCUGGACGCCGCGAUCCGGCAGGCGGGCGGCGCGGAGGCGCAGGCGGCAGCGCAGGCGGAACGAGUAGCGGUGCUGGAGGCGCGGCUGGCCGAGGCCACGGAGGCUGUCGCCGCCGCUCAGGCCGCCGCAGCCCAGGCAGAAGCCCAACUGCUGCCCCUAGCCACGGAACGAGACCGCCUGCGAGCCCAUGUAGCCGCCUCGCAGCCCCUGCUGGCUGCCAUGGACAACGCCGCAACCGCCAUCGGCCGCCGGCUGACAGUGCUCGAAGACGCCGUACAUGCCUCCUCGUCAUCCCCCUCUUCCUCAUCUUCCGGUGUGGCUGCUGGUGCUGAGGAGGGAGGCGGCAUGGGCCGGGCUCCCGCCGGGACGUUGGAGUCGGCGUUGCACGGGCUGCUGGAGUCGGUGGAGGCUGCUUUGGAUGCGUUCGAGGCGGUGGCGGUGGAUGCGGCGGGCGACGCCACGCCGGCGUUGUUUGGGGAGCUGGAGGGACUAGCGACGCAGCUGAUUAACACGUUGACCAAGGGCGGAAAGGAGCCGAUCCAAAGCAUUGCGGUUCUCAAGGCCCAGCUAGCCCGGGACGACAAGGAGCUCGCAGCCACCCGCGCUGCCAUGGCGGCGCUGCAGGCGGCCCGCGAUGAGGCGGUACGGCAAGCGGCGGAGCAGCGGGCGGCGGCGCAGGCGGCGGUGGCGGCGGCAGGCGCGGCCAAUGCGGCAGCGCAGCGUGACGCGCGGCGUGCCGCCGAGGCGGAGGCGGCGAUGCGACAGGCCCGUACCGAGCUAGAGGCGAGCGGGCGGCAGCUGUCGGAGACGAAGCAGGCGGCGGCGGAGAUGGAGAGGCAGCUGCAAAGGUUGCAACGCCGCGCCGCCGACCUCGAGACCGACCUAACUGCCCUUCGCAACCAGCGCCGCCACCUGGAGGCUCAGGCCGCUGCCGCGGCGCAGCAGCGCGCCGAGCUGCAGCGCCGAGCGGAGGCCGUGGAGUCGCGGGCGGUGCGCGACCAAGACGCGGCGCGGGAGGCACGCGAGCGGGCAGACGCGGCGGAGGCGGCGGCGGCUGUGUCGGAUGCCCGGUGUCGGGAGCUGCAGGCGGCGGUCGAGGCGGAGCAGCGGGAGGUGGCUAGGCUGCGGUCUGAGGUGGAGGCGGCGGUGGGGGCGACGGCGGAGGCGCGGGCGCGGGCGCUGGGGUUGGAGCAGCAGAUAUUGGAGAUGCAGGCUAAAUACGCUGACAUGAUUCGCCACGACGAGUCAAUAGAGGAGCACCUACGGCACGCACGUUUUGAGGCGGAGACAAUGCGCAAGCGUGCAGCUGAGGCGACGGCUGAGGCAGCGGAAGUGAAUGCUCGGUUCGAGGCGCUUCAGCAACGCACAUGGCAGCUACAGGUUGCGCUUCAGGCCAAGCACGGGGAGAAAGAGGAUGCGCUCCGGGAGUUGGUGGAAGUAACGCAUGCCGCAGCGGCGAAAAAGAAGGCACUUACAGCAGCGAGACCAAGAUCAGCAAAGAAAGCAGCGGAGGCCGCAAAGGCCUUAAGGGAUGGAAUUGGGUCCGACAUUGUGACUGGCGAGGGAGCGCGCAAUUAGUUAGGGGACAACACGCGAUGUUGAAGUAUGCGAAU